UGAAAUGAUAGGGGAUUUUAACUCAAAAAAGAAUCUUUUUGUUAUUCACCGCCAAGUGUGCGAACAUAUUUUAGCAUUCAAAUCGUUUGCUACAUUUGAUCACUUUUACAUUUAUUUUAACACUUCCGGAUGGUGUUUUAGAAAGUGGAUUUCCGUUUUGUUUGGCGACAUAUAAAAGGUAUGUCAGGCGUCCGAAAAUCAUCACUCAAACAGUUCGUUUGGUUUAGAACAGAAGAAGAUUUUAGCAACAUGUAUCAGGUUCUCGUUCUCUUCAGCUGUGCUUUAUUGGCACGUUCACAAACUGUGCUUUUAGCUCCACAACCGAACAACAAUGAUUUGUCUGCCCCAACCCCCUAUCAAUUCAACUACAAUGCACCUGCAAUCGGUGGUGGAAGCUCCCACGAACAGACGGGUGACGAAUACGGGAGAGUGACCGGAAGCUAUUCAGUAGCCGAUGAAGAUGGAAGACAGAGAAUUGUAAACUAUGUAGCUGAUGAAAAUGGUUUCAGAGCUUCCAUCUCAACCAAUGAACCAGGAACCAGCAACGAGAACCCAGCUGACGUAUCCAUAGAAUCCAGCGCCGACCAAGGGUUCCAAGCAUAUGCAGCAGCUCCUCAACCAGUAGCAGUUGCUCAACCUGUUGUAGCUCCUCCAGCAGUCUUACCUUUUCAACCAACAUUAGUUCCUAUUCAACCCAACCUCAUUCCAUUCAACAACCAACCAAACAUCAUCCCCAUUGGUGCCAUAGAUGCCAGACGAUUUUUCAGCCAACCGUUGAUUGGUGGAUUUCUUCCCUUUCCAAAUUUAGGACAACCCGCCUUCCUUCCUUUUGCUAACAAUCAAUUUCAACCCAUACGGAGAUAAAUGAAAACGAUACCGGAAAAAAUGUAUAUAAUAUUCGAAAAUAUCAACAUUUAUUUUAUAUUUAAUAAGUAAAAACACGAUAGCUGUAAUUCCAAGCAGGUUUUUAAUAUUUAUUUUUAUUUAUUUAUACCCUCAAAUAUGGAAUUCUUGAUUUUAUUCAAUUUCUACUCUUAUU